CACCUUCAAUGACUAUCCACAACCAACAAUCGUUAUGGCUUCUCAAAUCUCCGAUGAAGCCCUCGGGAGCGUCAUCCUUCACUCUGUGACCUACAGCUCCUACCCCGAUUCUGAAGAUGUGGCCUCAGCAGAGCUCCCGCCCUCCGCUCUUCCCAAUCUCCAAAAAGUUCUUGAAGAGGCCAGAGAGGAUAUAAAGAAAGACAUCCGCGUCGUCAGUCGCGAAGCCGCCCCAGACAUCGACGGAUGGAUUGCGCAAGCCAAGCAGCUGCAAGCCGACAUCCAAGACUCCAAGGCCACCGCCCGCGCUAUCGUACAAGCCGCCGAGGAAGGACAAAAAGAAGCUGCCAAGGCUCAUGAUGCUGGAGCUAAGGUGGUGCUACUGGAGAAUGAGCUGGUGUUCAACGAGACUCUGGUCAAUAUCGUCGAGCAGAUGAAGCACAUCUCGGCCCAGGUGGAAGCCGCACAAGACGAUGCCGUGCAAAGCCGAGUCUCACAGGCAUUGGAUAAGCUUGGGGAGAUAGAAGAGGUCAUGAAGAAGCUCGGAACAUUUUCGGAUACCAGAGUUGCUGGAUUGCUGCAGAGCAAAGCCAACGUUUUACGACGAGCAAUCACGGAGAACGCAACCGAGUGCUGGAACGCGUUGCUGGUCCCUGAUCCAAGUGUAAGGAAGAUUAUAAUCAAGGAUAAAAUCCAGAGAGAGACUCUCAUAAGCAUUGAAAUGGUCGUGGAAGUCCUCAAGAAGCUCCGCCUCUUCGAUACUGCUGUCGGCAGGUUCGCCAUGGCCUUUGAAAGCAUCAUCAUAUCACCUCGUCUCUCAAUCACCCGAGAUCCGGGGGUCUUGGCGAUCAAGAUUGACGAGGAUGACAUCCAGGCUAAGGGAGGAGUCAAGUCAAUGAGCGUGCACUCUGCGCUGGAAGACAUUCAUCGAAUCGCCGAGUAUCUGAGCACCCGACUACCCCCCUCAAUCGCUGUCCCUCUGUCCGCAAAGCUAGUACCAGUAAUUGCGACUAAACUUAUCAACAAUUGGCUAGUGCCUGCCGUCCCUCUACAUCUGAAAGAUAUCCCAGCUUUCCAAGAAACACUCUCGCUUGUACUCGGACUAGCAGAAUAUCUCGACGAGCUGACCUGGUCCAGCCAAUCCCAGCUGGUAGAAUGGGUUGACAGUUCCGCCGAGCUAUGGCUUGCGAAACGUAAAGAGGCCACGAUUGCCGGGAUUCGGCGCGUCUGUUUCAAGGGCGUUCUUACCACGCACACCGUGGAGCGGGUUGAAACCCAGAUGGUGUCGAAGUCUGACGACAUCAUCACUGGCAAUGAAGCGCAGGACGACGAUUGGGGAGCAGAUUGGGGCGAGGAGGACACCACCGCAGAAGAAUCCAAGACAGCUGAGUCUGUCGACGAGGAAGAUGUGAGUGCGUGGGGUGUCGAUGAUGACACUGAGGAGGAAACUCCCAAACCAGAAUCCAAAGAAGCUUCUGAACCUGGAGAAGAUGAAGCCGACGCGUGGGGAUGGGACGAUGAAGACGUCCAAGCUGCACCCACUGAUGCCAGCCCAAAGCUAACGAAAUCUUCAAAGGCCAACGGCGCAUCGCAGCCGCAGCAACCAGUCUCCCGAGAAAUCACACUGAAGGAGACCUACGUCGUAACCUCGAUUCCAGAUGCGAUACUCGAAAUCAUCAACCAGGUCAUGUCCGACGUCGAUGCUCUCAGCCGACCACCCCUCUCCACCACCGCCAUCGCCCCUGCUGGGCCAAAUCUCUACGCCAUGCCCUCCCUCGUCCUUGCCAUGUACCGUGCGACCGCAUCAACCCAUUAUCAAAACUUACCAGCCGGCAACAUGCUCAUCUACAACGACUGCAUGCGCCUAUCCUCCCGACUCACCAACCUCCUCACCUCUCUCCCUUCCCCUCCGAACCCAAUAGGUCCCACCACUCCACCUCAUCUCCAUCCGACCUUGCUCUCCCCGCUCCGCCUGAGUAUUGAAAGCUCAAUAAAGAAAACCGACUCCCUCGCCCACCGCGCCUACGGCCGCGAAAUGGAGGCACAGCGCACCAUAGUGCGCGACCUCCUCGACGGCGCGCAGGGCUUUGGUAGCUGUACCGCUGCUCCCUUUGCAGGCGAAUGCGCCAACGCCAUUACAAUGACUGUCGACCGCAUCCGCGAAGUUGCCGCCAUCUGGAAAAUCGUCCUCAGCCGCAGCGUCCGCCUGCAAUCGCUCGGCAGCCUGCUCUCCGCCGCCAUCACGAAAGUCAUCACCGAGAUCGAGGAACUGCCCGAUAUACCAGAGGAAGAAUCGCGCAAGCUGCGCGGGUUUUGCAUGCAGUUGGGUGAGCUCUCGAGCUUGUUUAUCGCGGAUGACGAGGCGGCUUCUGGGACCGAUGGGCAGGGGGAUGCUCAGCAGAGAGAUCUAACCUCCAUCUAUACACCCAAUUGGUUCAAGUUUCAGUAUCUCGCUGAGAUCUUAGACGCGUCGCUCGCGGACAUUAAAUAUUUCUGGCAAGAGGGCGAGCUGAGGCUGGAGAUGGAGAAGGAAGAGGUUGUUGAUCUAAUCAAGGCGCUGUUUGCGGACUCGGAGCAUCGCCGGAGAGCGAUACAAGAAAUCAGGCGGUAGACAGGAACGUCUUUGACGGGUAGAUGGCGCUAUUGAAGUAAUGUAUCAGGGUAGGGAUGGGUAACGACACUUGUUCAGGCUAUAAGGUUUGUGACAUCUCGUCUAGCUGAAUACGACCAUUGAUGGCAUCAUGAGGUUGGUUUUUACUCUUAACUCAAAUCCAAUUCUCAUAACUCUUCUUCCAAAACUAUUCGUAAUAUCUCGAGUCCUGGGUGUGUGUCCACCUUACCACUGUAACAG